AUGCCGUUUCGUCAGAGGAUGGCCCGCCACUUUGGCGAUUCGCUUGCUCCCGAGAAACCCUACCUCAGCUACUAUGAUGUCCUCUUGACAGCUGAGGAUAUCAAGGCGCUCAAGCACGACUGGUUAACGGAUAACAACAUUGCUUUCUGGGAGGAAUAUCUGGAGCGCGAAACACUUCCCAAGUACCCUCAGGCUCGUAUCGUCCUGCUCCGUCCCAGCAUGACAUUCCUUCUCAUGAAGGAGCCCGACCUCCGAUCAGUCCAAUCCGCCCUUCCCGAUUUCUCAAAGGUCACCCAUAUCUUCCUACCCAUCAACGACAAUCGUAAUGUGAGCGUCGCAGAGGGUGGUAGCCAUUGGUCACUUCUCCUUGUCUCGACACUCGAUGGUGUCGCCUUCCACUACGACUCCCUAGGUGGUGCCAACUACUCCGAGGCCAACGUUGCGACUCGCAAGCUUGCCAAUAUCCUCGGGCGGCCUCUUCGAUUUAUCAACCUCGAGGAUUGUCCCCAGCAGGAGAACGGAAGCGACUGCGGUGUCUUUGUCUGUUUGUUGAUGCGACACCUCCUCGUCAAGCGCCUUCUCUGUGCUAAUGCCCGCGAGAAGGUGUCGAUGAGCAUGGGUGGUAAGAUGGUUGAUAGCUAUGGUGGUCGCAAAGAGAUGAUGCGAAUUAUCGAAAACCUCCGUAAGGAGGGUGAGCGCAGGCGAUCGGAAGCUCAGGCGGCAAAGGCGCGUAACGCCUGGCAGCCCCCAAGGUCACCACCUCGGUCACCACGCCGUUCAUCUUCCCGUUCUCAAGAGACGAAGAAGUCACCCGUCAAUCAAAACGGCAAGGGUUCAAUCGCCAAGGCUCUGGCCACCAAACCCAAGGUUUCUUCCCCCACUAGACUCGUUGAUCAACCUCCUUGGAGAGGAAUGAGGAACCGUGUGCGCACAAUCCCGAAUCCAAUCCAAUCUUCCAAGGAUUCACCUCCUCUUGGCCCACGAGCAUGCAAGUCCGAUCGAGUUACCAAAGAGCAUAGGAUUCAAACAAGUCCUCCAACCCCCGUCAAAGUUCGAGGCAAGCGGUCUUCCAGCGCAUAG